AUGUCUCUUGCAGAUGGAACUCCAAGUACUAACUCUCUUCUAGAUAGUAGUAGUCAGAACCAGUCAUCACUAGAUACAUCAAAGUCCGGGUCAGCGGAUACUCUUGGAGCACACUCACUUAUAAAGUUCUCUUUGACAUCAGAUGACUAUCUUGAUCAAUUUGUGCCAAUAAUUAGAUCAGAGCUACAGAGCAAAGACAACCUCAGCGAUUUAAUAUUGAAUAUUGAGACUGUUACAAACGAGAAGCAGGAUACGCUACAAGGCGUUUCGUUCAAUUCUGUCGAUGAUGUUACCGAUUCAGUGGACCGAAUACGGAAAAUAACGCAUUCAUCUUCAGAACUUGCCAAGAACUUAGACGCAAUGAAUAAGCAAUUGGGUAUCACUGGAAAAUCGUUUGCCGAAGAAAGAAAGAAUGCAUUAAAAUACAAAAGACUGAACAGCAAAAUUGAUCAAACGUCAUCAACAAUCAAUUCAUGUCUUGAAAUGCUUGAAAGGGCAAAUAAAGUGCUCGAGUUAAUACGACGGAAGGAAUUCUUUAAGGCCCUUGCAAAUCUUCAGCUAUUGGCCGGUACAGAUUUUGAAGAAGUGGAACAGUUUGAUUUUGGCGUAAGGAUAUACCAAUCAAUCUCCACAUUUAGACACAUGAUUAUAGAGGAGACAUUUAACCAGUUGUUGAAGUGGUUGAACUUGAGUAUGGAGAAGAAGCUCUCAGAUAUCGGAGAGAACCUGUUUGAUAAUCAUAAACGUAUAAUCGACUCUUGGAUGAAAAAGCAACGAAAUGAUAAAAGCCUUCUUGCGUUUAAGGUGAAUUCGCCUAUAGAGAAAACCUUAAGGGAAGAAGUGCUUAGGAAUUUUGACCCUCUAUCCAAUGAGGCAAUUCAUGUUGAUAUAAGUCCCCUAUACCAAUCAAUUUUGGUUUUUGAAGCAGUCGAUAAGAUAGAUAAAUUAAAGGAGGACUUUGGGAAUGAGAUGCUUAGACGAAGAGAUCGCUUGAUAUAUCCAAUUAAUGAAGCAUUAGCCAACAAUAAUCUUGAUGUGCUGUCUUCUAUGGAGUCAAUGACAAUUUUAAUAUACUCACUAUCUGCAUUUUUUGUUAGUGAUCGCUAUUUAUCUAGGAAAACUACAUUCCGGAUUCGUUCCUCUAAGCAGACAGAUAGUCUGUUUGAUUCUGUGGUUUCAAAAUUUACGGUAUUGCUGAAAAGAUAUAUACAAACCAAAAUUACCGAUGUCAAACAAGCUUUGCAGCUAUUGGACAUAAUUGGCUGUUUUAUGCAAAUAAUGGAUAGCUGGGACUUUGAUACGGAUCGGCUUUAUGAUGUGUUGAUUGAUUUAUUCAAGGUGUACAUUACACUGUCAGUAUCAAACUUCCAAAAGGAGUACAUGGAUCUUUCACUGGAUGACGAUUCGCAACCAAUUACUGUUGACACCCCAAAGCAGCUUUCAGGAAUCAAGGACAGUUGUUUCUAUGAACUGGCUAAUUUGGAUUUGGAGUUUCCUGUUACGCUUCCGUAUUCAAUUAUCUAUCCGGGUGCUUGUCUCCGUUUGAGAACCUUCAUCCAUGGCUUGUAUGUGUUUUUAGAAACAUAUUACGCAAAACGAUUGGAUAUAUUAUCUCAAAUGAUAUCACGGGCCGUUGAUAAAGUGUUGGUGGAUGUUAUAUUAAAAGAUUUGGACAACAAAGUUCAUUCGUCUUACAAGGAAGAGGUGUCGCAAAAUUUGAUCAAUUUGGAAUUUUUUUCCAAUUCGGUUGAGGGGGUUGAGAAAUACUUAAAUCAUUCGACCGAUUCGGCAAUACUGAGAACUAGAACGCCAUCUAAUCAGGUGAAAUUGCAUGCACAGGUCCAAUUUAAGGAAAUUCGAAAAAGAGCUGAAGCGGGCAUGUUUAGCAUGGUUGAUGGUAAAGUGGACAUGUUAUUUGAGAUGGUUGACUUUGAAUGGGACUCGAGCUCUAUGAAUGAUGAGCCAAGUAUUGGUAUAAAGGACAUGGGUCUCUACUUGGAAAACAUGUUUAAAUUAGACUUUUCGCACCUUCCCUAUUCAAUGAGGACUUUACUGUUGAAACGAUCCUUUGAAAAAAUUACGACGCAUAUGAAGAAUUCAAUUUUUGACGCUGAUAUCAUUACAACGGAGGCUAUUGGUAACUUUGAGCUGGAUAUCAAAUAUAUCGAAUCGCUCAUACCCGAAUUAAUAGUUGCUGGGGGGGAUGUUGAAAGCCACAAGGUGGAUAGUGAUAAAAGUAACAAGGAGCUUGAAAAUAUGUUUGUUACGUUGAAGGAAAUAAUAUCAUUGUUAAAAGACGGGAAUUCGCAAGCUGUCCCUAAUGAAGAGGAUAAAGCAUCGAAAUGCAAGUUAAUAAAACCCAAAGAGGCUGAAAUUUUACUCUCAAAACUUCGAAAUUAUCAACCGACAUCUGCUACUUCACCUCGGGGCACAUUAUCAUCAGAGGGAAGAUCUUCUACAUUUUCGGAGGAUGUGGUUAACGUGCCUUCUAGAUCUUUACUUUCUGAGCUCAAGAGAUCAGCAACUACAGCUUCUUUCAGUGGAUUUUCUUUCAAAAAGAACCGAGAGUGA